AUGGCGACCAUCAAGCGUGACCAUCACGACAUCUACCCCUUCAUCUCGCCCAGGGGACGGCUCGCAGGAACCGCGAAGGGCAAAAGUCUCCUCGUAACAGGCGGUGGGAAAGGCGUAGGCAAGGCGAUCGCCGAGCAAUUCGCUCUGGCUGGAGCUGUGCAGAUCACCAUAACCGGCCGAGACCAAAAGGCAUUAGAUGCAACUAAGGCGGAGGUCGAAACCCAGAAUCCGGGCGUCUCCGUCAUUGCGGUUGCGGCUGAUGUGACGACCGAAGACGCUGUGUCCGCCAUCUUCGCGGCCCUUCCUGGAGGCCGAGCCCCAGAUAUUCUCAUCAACAAUGCGGGCAUCAACGCGGACUUCCAAAUCGCCGAAUCCGACCCUGCAAAGUGGUGGCGUGAUUUUGAAGUCAACCUCAAGGGAACGUACCUCGUCACUCGUGCGUAUCUGCGACUGCUGGAUGGCAAACCCGGCACCAUCAUCAACGUUUCGACCAGCAUCUCAGACGCCGUCCUACCCAACAUGAGCAGCUACGCUACGUCCAAACAUGCGGUGAACCGGUUUACCGAGUCGGUGCAACUCGAGUACGGAGCUCAGGGAGUCCGAUGCAUGGCUUUCCACCCUGGGGGCAUCGCCAGCACAGGCAUGGGGCAAAGAGCCCCGCUUCAAUUCAGAGGCUCCCUAUUGGACACCCCGGAAUUGGCUGCAGGAACUGCGCUAUACCUUAGCACUCCUGGGGCAAGUUACUUGAACGGUCGACUCGUGUUCGCCGAUUGGAACAUGGAGGAAGUGGAGAAGCUGAAGGAUUCAAUCGUCAAGGACAAUCUGCUCGUAUCUCGCAUAAAUUGGGGUCCACACAUCAGCACCGAGAUCGUGGGUUUGCCACCAAGGUCAUAA